AUGUCUUUCUCGCUCCACACGCGCAUUUCUAUGCACCAAUCCGCUAACCAAAACGGAAGCCCUGUGCCCGCGUAUCUUUUGGAAGCUACUCAAAAGCGACGCCAGCUACGGAUCGUUUCUAAGCAGACAAAAGCUAUCCGCAAAUUGCCAUCGCCUAAGCCGAUAACGUUUACCACCCCUCCUCGACAAAUCAGACGACCUAAUGCCCGGCUUCUGAUUGAUUCUCCUCUACCGCGGACCGAUAUCCUCGAGGAUCCAGUUCUUCACAAUCGAUUUGUUCAGACCGACUCUCCCGUCAAUUCAUCUUUUCUCAACCGAAAACCCCGAGCAAAAGCUACCUACCCCCACGUUCCGAAGACACAGAUAAUCCCCGACCAUACACUUGCUGUUGUCGAUGGCAUACAGACACGCAAGCGUCGCGCCGAAGACACUGAGAUCGAACUUGUUGCCGCAGAAAACGGCAUCACAAAUACCACAGAUCCUAUUGUUACCAUUCGCAAAGGAGAGACAGUUCCGAAUAACGAACCUGGCCGGCAGGUUCCUAACUCUAACCGCAUGCUCGGAAUUACAUCGAGUGCCAGAUCCAUCACCAGGAUGAUAACUAGCAUUUACUCCGCCUUUACUGGCAUCAGUGAAACGAUCAGCAGACUCAUACGCCCUCAGGCGUAUCAAAUCGCCGAGUUUCGCUCCUAUCUGAGUGAGAACCAAGUCAGCAAUAAGCGUGUCAAGAUUAGCGCCAGCAGCGAUGACACCACCAUUGGAAAUGUCGGCAGCACUGGCCAUGUUGGACUACUUUGGGUUGACCGAAAUAGUCUUACCAAUCUGAUGGAAGACUACAAAAUCUUUUCCAAGUCUCUUGCCAAAGUUUGGGAAUGCCUGGAGCGCGGAACCCGAGAGGAAGCGAACAAAGACCUGGCACCCCUGAGCACCAACAUAGUUGACAACAACGAUCGAGCUGUGCUAUGUAAGAACCCGGCUUACGACUUUGCUGAAAUCUUCGCGUUGCAGCUUCGGCGCAUAUUCCAAUAUUUGGACAAAAUAUAUGAAAUUGGCAUUAUCAUCAGAAUUCGAGACAGUCACGAAUUUGUCCCGCCUACACUGGACUACGGGCUAUUUCCGGAGUUUAUCGGAAACCUGGAAUCAAUCAAGCACUUCCUGUCCGGUCCAGCGUUACUCAUUGUUUGCAAUGAUAUCUUGCAAAAACAUGGGGAACGAGAGUGGAAGGUUUCUCAGUCAUUUUUGGAUCGGAUUGUGCUCGAUAUUAAGGCUAUCCUUCGCAAUCUCCCUGCACCAAGCUAUGUUGACUCUCAGGAGUACCGGGACAGGUUGCAGGCCAUGUUUCCCACUCCGCCGCGAACUGAUUUAGAAACACAUCUUCUGCUCCCUGGAUCGUUUCCUGAUUUCGAUGAGCCUAAGGAUCUCAUCAAAGAACCUACAACGGAACAAACCUCCCUGCUGUUGAUGAAGCAGCCUUCUGCGGAGGUGGGGCCAGCGAAACCAGAGCCAGAAUCACUACAGCCCACUAUCUCCCGCCCCCAUUACUACAAGAAAGACUUCCUUCGUGUCGACCUGGCUCAGAAAAGUAUCGCUCAGAUAACACCCGAAGAUUACCGCCAGACCUUUUAUGAAGAAAGCAACCAGCACCGCAUCAUCAAAGAUAAAUAUAUCACAGAAUUCGAACCCAAAGUUCCUCUCAACACAAACGACGCUGGCUGUCUCCGGUCAAUUCUGCGGAACAGGCGGAAGCACCCCUCGAAAGUCACACCUAAGCGACUUGGCAUAACGCGCCGACCCAAGACUGUGAGUUUCGUAGAGGGUACGGUUAGCCCUAAACCACGAACACACUUGGGGCUCGAUGUGCCUAAGAAGAUCAACUACGACAGACAGACUGGGGAAGCUCUUCCUCCCAACGAAGGCUUCCAGGAGCAACGUCCUAACUGGGCUCGACGUUGGCUCAAUCUUUCAACUACUGAGCUUGAACAACCACGCAAGGAGAGUAUUUUUGCUUCCAGUUCUACCAAUAAUACCCGUCGACGAUUGAAAGAGAAGGAUGGACUUGACCCUGAUGCUCGCAUCAAGGAGCUAUUCGCUGCCCCCUCUAUGAAGCUUCCGAUCAGUGAUGAUUCGAAAGCUGGCAUUCAGUUCAAAAUUCAAGAGGCAGCCCGAAAGGUCGCAGAAGAGGCUCGCCUAGCUGCAGAGGCAGCACGACGGAAGGCUGAGGAGAAGGCACGCCUGGAGCUUGAGGAACGCCUCGCCCGAUCUGGAGGGCUUCGUAUGCCUAAUCGGACAUUUGUUACGCCUGUCUCGUCAGACUGGCAUAGAAAGGCAAUUAACACACUCCGCGCGGCGCCUUCCGCAUCCCUCGCCAAGUCCGCGGAGGGUGUCGAUCUGCGAAGACACGAUUUUGCUAAAGUUGUGGCUGCGAGUGAGUGGCUCAAUGAUGAGAUUGUCAAUGCAUCUCUUCUGUGGCUCGACCGAGCUGUCAAUUCAGCCGCCGGCAUCAAGGAUGUUAAGCAGAACACUCGUAAAUGUUUUUCGUUAGGUUCCUUCUUUUUCAAACGACUCCAAGACCAAGGUGUACAAGGGACUCAGCGAACCCUUCGACGAUACGGAGUGGAAAAGAGAAAUUUCCUUGACAUUGACACUAUUCUUCUGCCGAUUUGUGAGCGUUCUCACUGGACAUUACUUGUCAUUCGCCCAUCUAAGCGAACUGUUGCACAUAUGGACUCUAUCCACUCGGGCGGCAAUUCCUCCUAUACCAAUCGCGCUAUGGCAUGGAUCAAGGACGUACUGGAGGAGAAAUUCAAGAAGGAUGAAUGGAAGAUCGUUCUCCAUGAGGCUCCUCUACAGAAUAACGGCCACGACUGUGGUGUCCACACCAUUACCAAUGCCAUGUGCGUUUCCUUGGGCCUCAACCCCAUCGAUUCAUAUACUGCAAACGACAUGCCGCAGCAGCGAAUCCGCAUCGCCUGUGUGCUUCUCAACGGUGGUUUCACCGGAGACUUUGACUUGCGAGUAUACUAG